AUUCAGCAUUUGGAUUCCCUUCUUUUACAACAGGCUGAUCAUAUAAUUAUUCUACCAUAUCAAUCUUAGUAAUUUCAGAUGCACGUUUUCCUAUGUUGUUGUACUAAAAUAUCCCUUCAUUACAUAUACUUACAGACCAGUGUAUGAUGUGUAUCUAACAUAAUCAUUAGAAUUCCAUUGUUUUUUGAGUGAGAAAUGGCACUGGUUUCUGGAGCUCUGAUUACACCUCCUUUCUCUUCUGUUUCUAAAUCUUGUGAUAAGAAUGCAUUUCAAUUCUUGUUUUCCAGGGGUGUGGCAAUAAAAAGCCCAUUUUUUUUGCAAGAGAAUUGCAAGUUUGGUGGUGGUGGUGCAGGGUCAAGUCCAAGAUUUAGAGUUUCUUGCAAAUUACAGGCCGAGGAAACUCAACUUCGAAGGUGUUCGCCUUUUCUAGAUAGUACAUUACUUUCUGAGGAUAACGUGUUGCCAUCUGAAUGGAAAGCCAUUCCGGACAUAUGGAGAUCUUCGGCAGAAAAAUAUGGUGAUAGGGUAGCUUUGGUGGACCCAUAUCACGAUCCUCCAACUGAAAUGACUUAUAAACAGCUGGAGGAGGAAAUCUUAUACUUUUCUGAAGGCCUCAGAGUUAUAGGAUUAAAUCCAUAUGAAAAGCUUGCUCUUUUUGCGGAAAAUUCAUGCAGGUGGCUAGUUGCAGAUCAAGGUAUAAUGGCAACCGGAGCAAUUAAUGUUGUGAGGGGGUCACGAUCAUCAGUCGACGAGUUGUUGCAAAUAUACAACCAUUCUGAAAGUGUUGCACUGACCGUGGACAAUCCUGAAUUAUUCAACCGAAUUGCAGAAACCUUCUCUUCCGCAGCAUCUCUGAGAUUUGUAAUCUUUCUCUGGGGGGAUAAAUCGUGCUUGGAAAGCAACUUUUUUGAUGAAGUACCUGUUUACAACUAUAAAGAAAUCAUACAGUUGGGUCGUGAAAGUCGCAUGACUUUGCUUUACUCGCAUGAUGCUAGGGAAAAAUAUACAUAUGAAGCCAUAAGCUCAGACGAUACUGCUACAUUUAUGUAUACAAGUGGGACUACUGGUAACCCCAAAGGUGUGAUGCUCACACAUGCAAAUAUUCUACACCAGAUAAAGAACUUGGGGGACAUUGUGCCUGCUGUACCUGGAGAUAUAUUUCUUAGCAUGCUUCCACCUUGGCAUGCAUAUGAGCGUUCUUGUGAAUAUUUUACAUUCACCAAUGGGAUUAAGCAAGUAUACACAUCAGUUAGAUACCUAAAGGAAGAUUUGCGACGACAUCAGCCUCAUUAUAUGAUAUCUGUUCCAUUGGUAUAUGACACACUUUACAGUGGGAUUCAGAGGCAAAUUUCUACAAGCUCUGCUGUUCGUAAACUUCUGGCGCUCUUAUUUAUAAGAACCAGUUUAGCUUUCAUGGCGUUCAAAAGGAUUUAUGAGGGAAAAUGUCUAACAAAAAAUCAGAAGCAGCCUUCUUACCUUGUUGGUGUCUUGGACUGUUUUCUGGCAAGGAUUAUUGCUGCUAUAUUGUGGCCGAUACAUAUGUUGGCAAAGAAGAUUGUCUACAGUAAAAUUCAGUCUGCUAUUGGACUUUCAAAGGCUGGCAUUAGUGGCGGUGGUAGUUUGCCUUCGCAUGUUGACAGCUUUUUUGAGGCAAUUGGAAUCAAAAUUCAAAAUGGAUAUGGACUGACAGAAACAUCUCCAGUCGUUGCUUGUCGACAUCUAAGCUGCAAUGUUCUUGGCUCAAUUGGACGUCCACUUCGACACACAGAAAUAAAAGUUGUAGAUUCCUUGACGGAUGAAGUUCUUCCACAUGGAGUGAAAGGCAUUGUAAAAGCUAGAGGGCCACAAGUGAUGAAAGGAUACUUUAAGAACCCAUCAGGAACUAAACAAGUCCUAGAUGAGGAUGGAUGGAUAAAUACCGGUGACAUUGGUUAUAUUGUGCCUUACCACUCAGUAGGGCGAAGUCGUAAUUCUGGAGGCAUUAUAGUUCUUGAAGGACGAGCUAAAGAUACCAUUGUUCUCUCAACAGGUGAAAAUGUGGAACCAGCAGAGCUUGAGGAAGCUUCACUGAGGAGUACCCUGAUCCAACAAAUUGUCGUAAUUGGUCAGGAUCAGCGGCGUCUUGGAGCUAUAGUUGUUCCAAACAAGGAAGAGAUUACAGCCACAGCAGGAACUUCGUCAGAAAGUGACUCAUCUGAACUUAGUAAGGAACAGAUGACUAGUCUUAUAUAUGCGGAGUUAAAGAAAUGGACUGCGGAGUGCUCAUUUCAAAUAGGGCCAAUACUCGUGGUCGAUGAACCUUUUACAAUCGAUAGCGGUUUAAUGACUCCAACCAUGAAAAUCAGGAGGGACAGGGUUGUAGCUCAGUACAAACAGCAGAUAGAAAACAUGUACAAAUAAAUUCCACUUGGGCAAUGUAAUUGCAUGCUUACAUCUUACAAAUCACAGUAUUUAUAAUUGUAAAAAUAAAUAGAAGCGAGUCAGCUGCAAGCAAUCAUCCUUUUGACAAAGAACUAUCUAUACGUUAAACUGGUUCGGGCAUCUAAUUAUUGCAUUUAUAUUUU